CGUGCGCAGGAAGUGGGCCAGAUACUUUGCAAAGAUGUCUAAUCCGACGGCCAUCACACCCAUCAAAGUCAAAGCUAUCGCUUGUAUUGGCGCAGGCUAUGUCGGUGGCCCAACAUGCAGCUUGCUCUCUCACUUCUGUCCCCAUGUCAAAGUCACCAUCGUCGACGUCAAUCCUGCACGCAUUGCUCAAUGGAACUCAGACACGCUGCCGAUCUACGAGCCUGGCCUAGACGAGAUCGUCAAGAGCUGCAGGGGUCGCAACCUCUUCUUCUCGACCGAGAUCGACAAGGCUAUCCUCGAGGCUGAUCUCAUCUUUGUCUCUGUCAAUACGCCUACCAAAGAGACGGGCGUUGGUGCAGGUUACGCAGCUGAUCUGAGCUACGUCGAGCUCUCCACUCGUCGUAUUGCGUCAGUCGCGCAGAGCUCAAAGAUUGUCGUCGAAAAGUCAACCGUGCCUUGCCGCACCGCUCAGUCGAUGAGGACCAUCCUCGAAGCAAAUUCGCGCCCCGGUCUCCGCUUUGACAUCCUCUCCAACCCAGAAUUCCUCGCAGAGGGCACAGCCGUCGAGGAUCUCAAGAAUCCAGAUCGUGUCCUGAUUGGCAGCUUACAAACACCAGAAGGUAUCGCUGCUGCCGCUGCUCUCACAGAGGUAUACGCCAACUGGGUCCCUCGCGAACGUGUUGUCACGACCGGUCUCUGGAGUUCAGAGUUGACCAAGCUGGCUGCCAACGCGCUCCUGGCUCAACGUAUCUCUUCGAUCAAUUCGCUUUCUGCCAUCUGCGAAGCCACAGGCGCCAACAUCGACGAAGUCGCCUACGCUUGCGGUCUCGAUGACCGUAUCGGACCACGUUUCCUCAAGUCAUCCGUCGGCUUUGGCGGCUCAUGCUUCCAGAAGGAUAUCCUCAACCUUGUCUACCUGUCCGAGUCACUCCAUCUACCCGAAGUCGCUCAAUAUUGGCGGGGUGUGGUCGAGAUGAACGAGUAUCAGAAGAAGCGCUUUGCUAAGACGGUCGUGUCGAGCUUGUUCAAUACCAUCACUCACAAGAAGAUUGCCGUGCUCGGCUUUGCAUUCAAGGCCGACACGGGCGAUACCCGAGCCAGUCCUGCUAUCACGAUCUGCCAGGCUUUCAGAGCAGAGAAUGCACUCAUCAGCAUUUACGACCCCAAAGUACCAGCCGAACAGAUAUACAAGGAUCUCACAGAUGUUCGCGUCGCAGACGAUCGCGAGAAGAUGAUGAAGCAGAUUACCCUUUGCGAUAGCGCGCUCGAGGCCUGCAAGGGCGCAGCAGGCGUCAUCGUGGCAACCGAGUGGAAGGAGUUCAAGACGAUCGACUGGCAAAAGGUUUACGAUAACAUGUAUCGUCCUGCAUUCAUCUUUGAUGGGCGAGGCAUCCUCGACGUCAAGGCACUCGAGAAGAUUGGCUUCCAAGUUCACGUCAUCGGUCGUGGCAAAGAGAGCAACUAGCCCAAAUCAGAGCCCCAUUCGCAUUUCUGUAAAGCGGGCAGGCUCCCUCAAAGCGCAGUAGAGAACUACUAAACCCUCGAGCGGGCUCGUUAUUAGAUCAUUGAUAUUGCACAAGCAUGCAGUCCUCUGUCUUUGAGCGAUGCGGACGAUCUACAAGCAUGGCCUGUGGUCGACACUGAUUCGACGUCGCGAGCUCUGAUCUGGCACGGCAGGGCGGACCUGCCGUGCCAGCUGCUGGAUCCGCCUCGCUCUACCAGAACCGACGGCAUCUCGCUGCACAUGAGAUCGUCGCUCGCUACCGCACA